AUGGCAAGGAAUGCUCGUUCCAUUGUUCUCGCAUAUUGUACCAUAGGGGACGAAACUUGGCCAUUUGGAGUUCUAGAUCUUCUACUUUGGUUUUGUCCUCUUCUUGAGGCGGUAGAUUUCACGGGAUGCGAGUGUCUGCGCAGGUCCAAUUUUAUCAAGAGCCCGCGUCAUUGCAGAGUAAUUGAUCACUACUACUUAAGUCCUUGGUAUAUUUUAAAUUCCGAUAGUGCCGUUGAAAAAAUUAGUGGCAUGCUCAGUCAUGAUCAUUUAUCAUUUUCAUUGCAUUCAAAUGGCUGGACUCUCCUUCACAGUGCAGUUCUGCUCGCAAGCCAAGAGCUGGUAAAAUCGUUGUUUGCACAUCACAAAACUAUUGGUGAUAAUAACUACUUCAAAAGCGUACAUUUUAAAACUUCGUUAGAGCUUGCCAUUACUCUCCACCGCUUCGAUCUUCUAGACCUGUUCAAAGAGUUCUACCCACUAGAGGACAUGCCUCCAUCGCUGUUCCUCCACCUCUGUUUUUUUCCACAACAUGGUAUGACAAAUUUUAAACACCCUUUUGAAAUCGUAACUUCGAACAAAGACACAUUGAGAAUAACUAGGAAAUUACACGCUAUUCAGGACUGCAGUCUGACAAGACUUUUACAGACAUAUUUGAAGGAACUUGACAUUACCUUUAAAAAAGAAAUGUUAAAAAGGUUUAUGAGGCUCCUGGAAGAAUACACGGGACCAGAUUCUUAUCCAGCCAUUCCCUGCUGGAACGAUAAAGAAGUUUGUGAAGCAGUAAAGGUUUUGUUCAAAGAAACUGGAUGUUCUGUAAACGGGAAAAUAAAAGGAUUUCCAUAUCUCAUGCUUUCCAUGCCAAAUGUGCAACUAGCAGAGUUUUUUAUUCAGGAAGGAGUCCAAAUUGACGAAAAAGAUCAGCUAGGUCACACAUGUCUUUUUCACGCUGUAGAAAAAGCGGUAGAGAGCGCCUGA